AAUGUUUCCGACGGUGCGCGUGUCGUUCGCCGGCUGCCGGGCGGAGGCGCGGUACGGCGUGCUGCUGGACGUGGUGCCGGUGGACGGCAAGCGCUACCGGUACGCGUACCACCGCUCCUCGUGGCUCGUCGCCGGCAAGGCGGACCCGCCAGCGCCCGCGCGGCUCUACCCGCAUCCCGACUCGCCCUUCUCCGGCGACCAGCUCCGCAAGCAGGUCGUCUCCUUCGAGAAGGUCAAACUCACCAACAACGAAAUGGACAAAAACGGACAGAUCGUGUUAAACUCCAUGCAUCGAUACCAGCCGAGGAUCCACCUCGUCAAACUUCGAGAAGGCGGAGGACCUAUUACCGAUCUGGCGCGCGAACAACACCGCACCUUCGUGUUUCCAGAGACGGUGUUCACCGCCGUCACGGCCUACCAGAACCAAUUGAUUACCAAACUGAAGAUAGACUCCAAUCCUUUCGCGAAAGGCUUCAGAGACUCUUCGCGACUUACGGAUUUUGAUAGAGAUCCUAUGGAGUUAAUGCUGAUGGAACAGCAGUUACUUCGGACGCCGCUGCGGCUGUACGCCGGCGCGGGUCCCGGAGACGAGGAAGCAGAGAAGCGCGCCGCGUGGGCCCGCACGCCACCCGCGCUACAGCUGCUGGCGUUGGGAGGACGCGCGUGGUCAGGCUGGCCGCAGCCGCUUGCCGUGCCGCCGGACCUGUGGCUGCAGAAGCCCCCCGCGCUCCGCUACUGCCCCUACCCCGCCCCCUCCCGGUCCGACCAUCCACCAUCUCCGAGACACCCCCUAUGAACUCUUGACGUGUUCUCUGUGAAAUGCAAUAUGGAAGGUCUAUGGAGCCCGCGGUAUUCGAAUGUAGUGCCGUGACGUCAGUAGCUCGGACAUCGUCGAAGACUACAUUUGAAUGUAUUGAUGACGUCAUUGAUGACGUAGCGGUACCUAGAAAAUUGUAUGUAUAACUUUAGCCGUUGUCUAUAGUAAUAACUAAUUUACAUGGUUCCUACCACAAAUUGAGUAAAUGAUUCCAACUUCUUAAUGUAAACUAAUGUAGGUAUAUAAAAAUAGUUACCUGCUGAUUAGUUGGUUCGGUUCUUAGAUUUAUGUAUUUUCGUGUAUUUUGUAAAUGACCUGUCUAUUUAAUUGUUUACUGUAUAUUCCAUGUCUGAUACCAAAGAAGUCUGAAUUGCUUAAACUGUUCAAUAAAUAAAAAUAAGAGAAAUAUAAAAAUUAAUUGUACAAUAACAUAUAAACUAGAAAGCGCUGAUAGUAACAGAGAAAGAUUUAUAGCAGUAAAGAAAUAGCUGAAAAUGCACAAACAAUUCCAAGAGAGCAUUUUUGUUAGACAAUCCUUCGUCACAGUUGAAAUCAGUAGCAAAAUUUACUAAUGCAUCAAUAAAAACAAAUGAAAAUGAUAUAUGCUUGCUACACUUCACUUUGCAAGACUAAUGACUGUUUUUCAAGGUCUUCAAUCGAAAAGAUCAUCGUCCUUUGGCUGAAUUUGACGUAAAACCACAGACAGCCAAAAUAAACUUAAUUUAUCUGUCAAAAACUGCUUAAAACAUUCCAUAAAGUCCAUCUAUUGUCAAUAACUACACAUUUAAAUUAUUAGAGUAUCAUAUUCCUACUACAUAUAAGUAUAAACAGUGAUAAUUUCAUCUAAUAUUAUAAAUAUACGAUUGUAUAUUAGGUAUAUAGAAUAUUAAUAUAUAAGAUAUGUAUGUAUGUAAUGUAUGAUGAUUUAAUUAAAUUAUUUUUGUAGCGUUUAACACUGUAAAUAGCACACGUAGACAUUUAUAAUUGAAUUCGUAUAGUUGAAGUAAAGGGUAGCUCGCAUUGGCUCUGUUUUAUUUUAUGAAAUGAGAAAUGUAAGAAUGAAAUAUAGAUUUACCAUGAAAUUGA